AUGCAGAAGCAGAAUCGGAAGCAGAUGCAGAAGAAGAAGCAGAUACAGAACCACCGGCAGCUCGUGGGUGACGGAGCGACGGCGGCUGAGCAGAUCGGUGGUGGUAGGAACCCAGCUCAGCCUCAGAUCCCCCUCUCUCUCUCCUUCGCGCGCUGCCCUCCUCGCGUCGGGCUCCCUUUCACGGCGACGCACUCCACGGCGGCAGAAGCAUGCAUGAACGACGACGACGUCUUCCUCUAUUCACGCCUUCCUUCCCCUUCACUCGUAGCCAAGGCCAACUUCUCCUGCCGGAUUUUCACCCGCUACAGCUCCCCAUCCGAGGUCACAUUCACCGCCGACAACCCAAUGGAACUAGCCCUUGCCAGCAGCGCGCUACUCCAGUCUCAGCUUUCGCGACAGAACUCUUCCGGCAUGGUGUUAGAGCCAUUUCGGAAGGGACGCGUGGUGACGUUCUGGGACAACUUUGAUGACGAGGAGCAGGACGACGUGGGCGGGUCACGUGCAGAUGGCAGUAGGACACUAUCAGCAAGAGAGGCGGUUGCGGCACAAGAGACAGCAGAGGUGGCUGUUGCAGGGGAGGUUGUUGGAGAGGGAGAGGAAGACAAGGUGGUGCAGCCGGUGAUGAUGCCACUGAUAGACUUGUUUGAGGAGACUGACAAAGAGAUGAGGCUUGAAGGAUUGAGGUACAUUUUGAGUGAUGAUGAGGAAUUUGAUGAGGAUGGUGAUGGCGAUGACUUGAAAUACAGAUUAUAUAAUAGAGGUUAUUGA